AUGGAGCCACACCACAUCCCGGAAAAUGACAGGCCUCAACCUCUCUCCGGAGAUGGAGCUAGCCCCGGAAAAAUUUUCAUUGGAGGUUUAGCAAGAGAGACUACUACUGCACAAUUCAUCAAGCAUUUUGGUAAAUAUGGCGAAAUUACGGAUUCUGUGAUAAUGAAGGACCGGAAAACAGGACAGCCUCGUGGAUUUGGCUUUGUGACCUAUGCAGAUCCAUCUGUUGUUGAUCAAGUCAUUCAGGAUACUCAUAUUAUUAACGGGAAACAAGUUGAAAUCAAGCGAACAAUACCAAAGGGAGCUGUUGGGUCUAAGGAUUUUAAGACCAAGAAGAUUUUUGUAGGUGGAAUACCUGCAGUGGUGACUGAAGAUGAGUUCAAGGAAUUCUUUACACAAUUCGGAGAGGUUACAGAACAUCAGAUCAUGCGGGACCACUCUACCAAUCAUUCUCGUGGGUUUGGAUUUAUUACAUUUGAUAUGGAGCAGGCAGUUGAUGAUCUCUUGGACAAAGGAAAUAAAAUUGAGCUGGCUGGAACUCAGGUGGAGAUCAAGAAGGCUGAGCCAAAGAAGGCUAACCCACCUCCACAUUCAUCAAAGCGUUAUAAUGAUUCAAGGCCUGCAUAUCGUGGUGGAUUUGAUGAAGCUUAUGGUGGAUUGGGAGGCAGUGGAUUUGGCGGCAUUGGUGGUUAUAGGUCAGGAGGGACCUACGGAAGUAGAGCUGGUGCUUAUAGUGGAUAUGGUGGAGCUGAAUUUGGUGGCUAUGGAGGGUAUGGAGUUGGCGGUAUUGGUGCUUAUAGCAGAGGAGAGCAUUCUUUAGGAUAUACUGGUCGUUAUGGAGGACUGUUCAGCAGAGGUUAUGAUUUAGGUGGUGUUGGUUAUGGUGGCCCUGGUGAGAAUUAUGGUGGAUAUGGUGGUGGCAGUGCUGGUGGUGGUUCUGGCGGGGGCUAUGGAAGUAGUUAUGAUGCUGGCCUUGGAGGUGGCUAUGGAGGUAAUAGUGGAGGUUCCAUGUAUGGAAGUAGAGGGGGAUAUGGUGGUGCCUGGAGUGGUAGAUAUCAUCCAUAUGGAAGGUAG